GUCGAUGGUAAAAAUAUCGCGUUUGCACGGAUAACGGUAUUGUUCUUGGUAUUAACGAUGGGAAUCGGUACGAAUUCGAACUCGAUCGGUCGCGAUCUGAAACAAACAGACGUCCCGCCGACACCCAAGUUCCGAGGCACAUUCGGCGAGAGACACGCUCACGAAACGAUUGCAAGCCGCAUCAGAUCGUGGACGAAAGCAGACGAACAGAACCUCUGGGAAUUGAGCGGUCUGUACGAAGGAGACAUAAUGCUUACCGGGGAACCGGACGAAUCGAAGAACGGUUUGGUGAAAACUGCGUCCCGUUGGCCCGGAGGAAUCGUGCCUUAUUACAUAAAAGAAGAGGAUUUCGACGAGGAAGAUAUCGAAGUAAUCGAGGGCGCUAUAAAGGAAUAUCACGACAGCACGUGCUUACGUUUCCGGCCUUACAACAAAACGGACGCCAACUACAUUACUAUAGAGGGCAAAAUGUCGGGAUGUUGGUCCUUGGUUGGUCGACACAAUCAGGGACAAGUGGUUAACUUACAAAAUCCGGGAUGUGUGCAACAUGGCGUGGUCGUUCACGAGUUCAUGCACGCGUUAGGCUUUUAUCAUCAACAAAGUGCCGCGAAUCGAGACGAAUGGGUCAUGAUACACUGGAAAAACGUCAAGCGAGGUAAGGAACACAAUUUUAACAAGUACGACAACAAUACUGUCACCGAUUACGGAAUCGGUUACGAUUAUAUGAGCGUGAUGCACUACAGCUCGCAUGCAUUUUCGAAAAAUGGCGAACCAACCAUUACACCAAGGAAGGAAAAGGUGAAGCUCGGACAACGAAAAGGACUCAGCGGAAAGGAUAUAUUGAAACUACAAAAGAUGUACAAAGAUGAAUGCGACGGUCGACAACCUGAAGGAAGCUCGGGCAACGACUCGUCGGACAAUAUAUCUAUCGACUGGAUCUUUAAUUCAGUAUAAAAUCAAUUCGUAUAAUCAUUUCAGACGACUAAGUAUUGCUUAGGCUUUGUUUAAAGCAAAUCUGUGUAUAAUGCUUUCGUAGAAAUAAAGAUAACGAUGAAGUUACGACUCUUAGUUAAAAGAAUA